UGAUCAAUGAAUGAUGAAUGUAAACAAAUCCAUGGCCAUUUGAAUUCAAUUUGUUUUUGUUUUAUUUUGGAUUUGAGCAAAAAGAAAAUUUGAAACAAAAUGACCAAUCCAUAUGAAUCACGUAGUGUUUGUAUAUGUGUUUCCGGUGAUAUUGGACAUAGUCCUCGUAUGCAAUAUCAUUCAUUAUCAUUAGCUAAUAUUGGUUUUCAUGUUGAUAUUGUUGCUGAUCAAGAAUCACGGCCACAUGAACAGCUUUUAUCAAAUCCACGUAUACGAAUAUAUCCAUUAUCAUCAUAUCAAUCGAUAAAAUGUUUUCCCAAAUUUGUUAAUUAUUUUUUUAAAAUUUUAUUCAACACUAUAUUUCUUUUAUGGAAUUUAAUGUUAAUUCCACGACCGGAUUAUAUUCUGGUUCAAAAUCCACCAUCAGUGCCUACCUUGAUCAUAGUCUGGUUUGUUUGUCGUAUUCGUUCAUCGAAAUUUAUUAUCGAUUGGCAUAAUUAUGGUUAUACAAUAUUAGCAUUGUCAUUAGGUGAAAAACAUUUAUUAGUUCGUUUAUAUUCAAGACUGGAAUUUAAUUUUGGUAAACGUUCCGAUUAUAAUUUCUGUGUUACACGUUCGAUGAAAGAUGAUCUUCGUAAACGAAUCGGUAAAAAAGCUAUCGUUUUAUAUGAUAGACCAUAUUCAUUCUUUCAACCAUUAACAUCAAAUGAAGAUAAACAUUUAUUUUUGGAAAAAUUACAAUCCGAAUAUUCACAGCUAGAAUAUCAUGGCCAAAAUGAAACAUUAUUUACAAGAUAUUCAUUUAAAAAUGAUGAAUAUCAAUUAAAACCAAAUCGUCCUGUAAUCCUAAUGAGCAGUACAAGUUGGACCAAAGAUGAAGAUUUUCAAAUUCUAUUGGAUGCAUUAUAUGAAUUUGAUCAAAAUUAUGCUGAAAAAUUAAUUUGUACAGAUAAUGAUUUGAAAAUUAUCUGUUUCAUUACCGGUAAAGGUCCAAUGAAACAACAUUAUAUCCGUAUGGUGGAACAUUCAUAUUCAUUCCGAUAUACACGUUUUGUUUUUCCAUGGCUUUCAGCUGAAGAUUAUCCAAAAUUAUUAGCAUGUGCUGAUCUUGGUGUUUGUUUACAUAAAUCAUCAAGUGGAUUAGAUUUACCAAUGAAAGUGUUGGAUAUGUUUGGUGCUCGUUUACCUGUCUGUGCAUAUCGAUAUCAAAGUAUAUCCGAAUUGGUUAUCGAAGAACAAUAUGGAUUAUUAUUCAAUGAUUCAGCUACACUUGUUCAAUGUAUGAUGAGAUUAUUACAAGAUUUUCCUAUAUGUUUAGAAUUGAAACGUAUGCAAAAAAAUAUCGAUAGCAGUUUUAAUGGAAUUGAUUGGCAUUCAAAUUGGAAAACUAAUGCAUUGCCUGUUUUUAAAUAAUCAGUUAAUGAUACAAUCCAUUUUGUUAAAAUGUUUUUAUUUUUUGUUGAACCAA